CGGCCUCCCCACCCCCGCCCUCAGGCUGCAGCGACCCCCGAAAGUUGCGCGGAGCCGAGAGCAAUGAGGCAAGAGAGAAGUUUUUAAAAACAGAAAAAUGUGAUUGCAAAACCAACAUUGUUGACAGGAGGACUUGGUGGAUUCAGAUAUAACUGUAGGUGCUGCUUGUAUGAAAGAGCUGAGCCACACCAUCCAGCAAACUGUCUAGAGAAGCAGUUGGCUUGCUUGGAAAUCGCUUCUGUGUUGUAAGUUGCUAUCAACUGAGUUGCCAGAACACUGCCCUUCAAAGCUUUGGAGGGCCACUUCUUAAUGGAUUGCUGCAGCCUCUUAAUUUCUCCAUUGAUCCUGUUUCCUGCAUCGUGAGAACAUUUUAGCCAGCACAGAACCUAGAAAAGUUACAUGGUGUGAACGGCAUGUCUGUGGAUGAGAAGACUGACUCCCCCAUGUAUGUGUAUGAGUCAACGGUGCACUGUACCAAUAUUCUCCUCUGCUUAAAUGACCAGCGCAAGCAGGACAUUCUCUGUGACGUGACGCUGAUCGUGGAGGGAAAGGAGUUCCGCGCCCACCGGGCUGUGCUGGCUGCCUGCAGCGAGUACUUCUUGCAGGCCUUGGUAGGGCAGACGGAAAAUGACCUGGUGGUCAGCCUGCCGGAAGAGGUCACUGUCAGGGGAUUUGGUCCAUUGUUACAGUUUGCCUACACUGCUAAGCUGUUACUCAGCAGAGAAAACAUCCAGGAGGUCAUCCACUGCGCUGAGUUCCUGCGCAUGCACAACCUGGAGGACUCCUGCUUCAGUUUCCUACAGACGCAGCUGCUGAACAACGAAGAUGGCCUGUUCCUGUGCAAAAAAGAUACCACCUGUCAGCGCAUGCAUGAUGAGGAGAACUCGGAUGGAGACGAGGAGGAGACAAUGGAAUCGGAGACGUCAAAAAUAUCUUGCCCAAGAGAGAGGAUGCACCAAGAGCCCUUCAAUUUUGAAACCACUGUUGCUGGUGCAGACAAAGGCGAAGGGAUGCUGCCUGACUCUGACAUGCUGAGAGAUAGCAAGGACAAUUUGGACAAAGAUGCAGUGACACGGUACCCCAGAUACAAGAAAUACCAGCUUGCUUGUACCAAGAAUGUCUACAACACAUCACACAUCAGUACCUCAGGUUUUGCAAGCACAUUCAGUGAAGAGAGCUCUGGAAAUGGCCUCAAAUCAGGACUUGCUAUGGGGCAGAUAAAAAGUGAACCUCAGAAUGAAGAGAACGAUGAAGAAAGCAUCACACUUUGCUUGUCUGGAGAUGAACCUGACAUCAGGGAUAAAGAAGGGGAUGUUGAAAUGGACAGGAAACAGCCAAGCCCUACUUGUGUCGACAGGCCAAAAAGUGGGUCCUCUCCUUCUUGCUUGCGGUCUUUCUUCAACAGAACAAAAAGCAUAGAUUUAGUUGGCUUCCCCAGCACUUCCCAACAGCACUUUGGCAGGAGUCCAGCAUGCCCUUUUGAAAAAGGGACAACUCAGGGUGACCACAAAACUGAUUACGUCCCUUUCACAGGGAACUAUGGACAGUCCCAUGCCGUGCAGAAAGAUGCUUCCAGCUUCACAGGGGGAUCGCCACUCAGGGGGCCCGGCUUUGAAACUCUCUGUAAGCAAGAAGGGGAACUGGACAGGAGGAGUGUUAUAUUCUCUUCAAACACUUGUGACCAAGUAAACACUUCGGUGCAUUCAUAUUCUGGUGUGAGCAGCUUGGACAAAGACCUCACUGAGACUGUGCCAAAGGGUCUGUGGGCUGGCAGUAGCCAGUCUCUCCCCAGCUCUCAGACCUAUUCGCACAGCGGACUGACAGCUGAUCACUUGCCGGGAAGGAUGCGGCCAAACACCAGCUGUCCGGUGCCAAUUAAAGUUUGCCCUCGCUCUCCUCCUUUGGAAACCAGAACCAGGACCUCCAGCUCGUGCUCUUCCUACUCGUACGCAGAGGAUGGCAGCGGCGGCUCUCCCUGCAGUCUGCGUCUUUGCGAGCUCUCCUCUUCCCCUUGCUCCCAAGGCCCCCGAUUCCUGGCACCCGAGCACCAGGAGCCCGGCGUGGUGGGGGAUGGAUUGUACAACCCAGCCCGAGCCCAGAUUAAAUGUGAGCCAUCCUAUGGAACAAACUCCAGCGAUGAGUCUGGGUCAUUCUCAGAAGCAGACAGUGAAUCAUGUCCUGUGCAAGACAGAGGGCAUGAGGUGAAACUUCCUUUUCCUGUUGAUCAAAUCACAGAUCUUCCAAGGAAUGAUUUCCAGAUGAUGAUAAAGAUGCACAAGCUAACCUCAGAGCAGCUCGAGUUCAUCCACGACGUCCGCCGGCGCAGCAAGAACCGAAUCGCAGCUCAGCGCUGCCGCAAGAGGAAACUGGACUGUAUUCAAAACCUGGAGUGUGAAAUCCGCAAGUUGGUGUGUGAGAAAGAGAAAUUGCUCUCAGAAAGGAACCAACUGAAAGCAAGCAUGGGGGAAUUGUUAGACAACUUCUCUUGUCUUUCCCAAGAAGUGUGUAGAGACAUGCAGAGCCCAGAACAGAUCCAAGCUCUCCACCGAUACUGCCCCGUUCUUAGACCCAUGGAUCUACAGCCAGCCACCACCAUCAGCCCCUCCCCAGCUGGCAUGGAGCAGAGCCUGGUGACCUCCCAGUGCGUCGGGGAGAGCAUGCAGUGCUGCUCAGAGCAAAGCUCAGUGCAACUGGGAGCACCCUGGCUGCCCAACAACAUCUCAGAAAAUUGUUCGGCUGGCGGGGGGUUGGAUGGAGCCGACACAGGUACUUACCCUGAGAGGGAGCUCCCACCAGAGCAGAGCAGCCAAACGGUCACGGUAGACUUCUGUCAGGAAAUGACUGAUAAAUGUACAACAGAUGAACAACCUCGGAAAGAUUACACCUAGUGACUUGUAUCCUUAACGUUACACCUGGUCAGGUGUUCUUCAGUCAGCCAGUGGCAGUGUUCAUUUGUUGUCUAGAAGAACGUAUUUGGUGCACACUACAGUGGUCUUAGCAGCAAUACUGUUUUUAAGUAUUCCCUCCUCUCUACAAGCAGGAGUUCUCUUCACAAUGGUGCUAUCCCUUGCUCAGGCAGGGAACGAAGCAGUGGCAACACUGUCUGUUUUUAUAUGUUGAUUUCAAUCUUAACAGGGAUGGACAUAACACCUCUGAGGACCCAACCGCAGCUUUUUUCUCAGUGGCCCAUGUCACAAAACCCUAACUCAGGAAUUUCCUCUGAAUGUUCAAUUUUUCAUUGAAGACAGCUUCUUUACACAUCAAAGUUUUAUAGCUAAACUGUACAUAUUAUAUAUAAUAUAUAUAAAAUAUAUAUAUCCAUAUGCAAAAGUCCCUGCAUGCCUCAAUUUUUCUCAUCCUACAAACUGGAAGCUUUCAUUUCUAUUGUAUAAACAAGUUCCAACAUUCCUUUUUGUCUUCGAUGCUAGAACUAGUUUGGUAACUUGUUACACGAUAAUUUUUUUUUCUUGGUUCACAGUUCAGCAAUAUAAUUCGAUUUGUACUUAUUUAUAAAAUUUUAAUGUUGGAAACUUAUUUGAGAUUUUAUUAUAGACAAUUUUUUUGGCACAGCCAUUUUGUGCCACUUGAGCAAUGUGGAGUUAUUUUAUUUUCUUGCAGAUACUGUACAGUAACGGUCAACUUUGCCACUUGCACUGAGUUUCUGGUCAAACCUCUUUUCAUAAAUGAAGUCGUGACUUCAGUAUAACUUGAGUAUAUGGUUUUCUUUGCUUUAUGGCUUAAAGAAAGUAGAAAAGUUUUAGCUAAUAGACAAACACUCAGGAGCUCAUUAUGUAGUAAAAACGGUCUUGCCAAAUACUGAAUUCACUAUACAAUUUGUAAAGAGAAUCUGCUUGAAUUAUUUUUAUAUUCAGACUUCUUUCUGUUUCACAAACCAAGUUUAAGUGCUGUUAAUGAUGCUUUUGGAUUCUUAUAGGGGAAAGUAUAUUUCACUCUUUAGAGAAAAAAGUAUUUGACAACUGGAUCAGUUCAUCGUACGUUCCACGAAGUAAAGCAAAUGGAGAUCACAUCAAUACACUUGUGGGGGGGGCUAUUUCUCCAUCCCCACUCUGUAUCCUUUACUCAUGGAAGCAACUGUGGCUCUGGCAGCUGGCCAGAGCCUCACCUCAUCUGUCCUCAGACGUUACCUGUUUUCCUCACCAGACCUGAGUUGCAGAGCUGGGUCUGGUGAAGUCAGUGAUCCUGCCUGGUUAGGCAGAGCUGCAGGAUCAGAUCCCUAGUUGUUGACUUUGGUUUCCUUUACAGAAGUCAAGUUAGCACCCAAUUUGGUCGCUUACCCAUCAAAUUCUUGUGUUCCAGGAUCGAUCCUCUCGUUCUGCAGCAUUGCCCUCAGCAAACUGCAGCUAAAAGUGUGCUGUCUCGAAGGAGACUACUCAGUGAAUUGGCUUAGUUGUAACUGCAUUGGAUUUGUAUCUGAAGCAAUGUUGACUCAUGGUAUGACUGUGUGAGACAGCAACUUUCCAAGCAUAACAUCUGUAUGUACAGUGUAGACAGAAAAACGUCCUCCUAAUGCUUCUUUAAUUAUUAUUAUUAUUAUUAAUUAUUAUUAUUAUUAUUAUUAUAAGUGUACUGAGUCUUUUUUUUGUGGUUCUUUGCCCUACGUGUGCCAGGUUGCGUGGCUUUAUUGAUGACAACUGUCAUGUGCUUUACUGGCUGAUAUUGUUUGUUCUCACUGAAAAAAAAAAAAAAAAAAGACCAGCUGUUCACACCUAUUUAAAAAAAAAAGUGGAGGGAAGCAGCUUCUCAGAAGCACUAAGUGAUAAUGUGGUCUUCUGUGUUAACGUUUACACUAGAGGUGUGCACUGGUGCUUUUUUGAGGCAUUCAGUAGAUCAGCAUCUUGACUCUGGAGGAGGAAUCAGCUCCCUCUCUCCACUUCUUCCAUCUUCAGACUGUGCUCAUGGACCGUCACCCACUCGCCACAAAGUCUUGCUUUUACCCUCUUCACCCAAACUAUUGUAGCCAAGCUACCGAGGAGGAAAUGCAUAUAGCAUGUGCCAUGUUUGUUGAAAAUACUUUUUUUCCCCGCAUGUACAAAGAAGAACUAGUAUAUAAUGUAGGAGAAUAUUUAUGUUUAAGUAUUAAUCAUUACUGUACAAAAUCCUUACCUUUAAAUGUUCAAAAGUAUACAAAUGCCAUAAACUCCUAGUUCACACAGUUGAAAAAGGGGGAGGAGUUGUCCUUUCUUUUUAAAAGAGCUUAACCUAAAAAUAAGUGAACCCCCUCCCAGCCAUCUUUUGCAGGUAACUGGCUGAGAAGGUCUUUGGCAGGGGGGGGAAGAUUUGAUUUUCCUUUGAAUUUGUUGACGUUGCAAAGCAGUUCUGUGCUUCGCAGAGAAGUUUUGUUUCUAUGAGACCAUGGUGAAAGCUAGAAUUGAAAACUAAAUGUGAAUCACAUUAUAGAGUCAUAGCUACUUGGGGA